AAGGCAGGCCAGGAAUCUCAAACCUGCAUUGUGAUUCACUGCCUGGCACAAAGCAGCCAGUCAUGCCUUAGGUGGGUGUCGCCAGGGGCUGGCUAAAGAGUUUAGAAAUCAGACCCUUUCCCCCUUUCUGUUCCUGGGGCCGCAAUAAAACCUUUAAGCUGAAUCACUGCCUUCAGUCUUGCUAGAACCUGCAUAUACAUGUUUACAAAGCUAUUGUACUACCAACCUUACUGUAUGCUUGUGAAACAUGGACCACUUACAAAUGCCAUCUCCAGCUUCUUGAAAGAUUCCAUCAACAGUGUCUCCGAAAAAUCUUACACAUCACUUGGGAAGACAGGCAAACUAAUAUCAGUGCACUGGAUGAAACAAAGAUCACCAGUGUUGAAGCAAUGAUUCUUCAACAUCAACUUUGUUGGACUAGUCAUGUUGUGCGGAUGCCUGAUUAUUGUCUUCCAAAGCUGCUGUAUUCCAAACUUAAAAAUGGAAAGCGUAAUGCUGGUGGUCAACAAAAGAGGUUUAAAGACCUUCUCAAGGCAAAUCUAAAAAAUGCAGUAUAAACACCAACAAUUGGGAAACACUGGCCUGCGAGCGCUCCAGCUGGAGAACAGACUUUACCAAAGGUGGCAUGGACUUUGAAGAUGCUCGAACUCAGAACGCAAGGGAGAAACGUGCUAAGAGGAUCAACUCCCAUCCGGGAACCAAUGUCCCCACUGUGGAAGGUCAUGUAGGUCCAGAAUUGGCCUCCACAGUCACUUACGGACUCAUUGUUAAAACCGCAUUUAUGGAAGACAAUCUUACUCGGCUAUUUGUGAUCGCCAAAGACGAAGAAGAAUACUUCAGGUACCACCAGGUUUGGCAAAGAGCUAUCAAAGGUCAAAGAAAGUGUUGACCUUUGGGCAAGUUUUGAGAAGAGAAGAAUGAAUGCCGUUUCCAUUUAAUGCGAACCUACGUUAUCUGCGUUUCCCAGAUCAACACUGAAAUAUACUCGGAGUCGAGAGUGGAUUUCAUGCUCUUUAUUCAGCUCAUAGUGGGAGGAGGAAUGAAAGUUCCCCCACAGUAUCUGCUUUAUAUACGUUAUUUACACAAUGGGCUGCACGUGAUUGGCUAAUUCCGGAUUUCUCCUGUAGGCCAAUCAGGUUGUGGAUUCACUUCCAUCUGGAGCUGGAUUGGGUGGCUCCUGCAGACCAGUCAUACUGCUGCAUUGUUCUAGGACCAAUCAGAUUGCUGCAUUCUGAAUCCUAUUGUUCUAGGACCAAUCAGACUGAUGCAUUUUGGAUCCUAUUCAACUCAGUACAUAACAAACACACAAACAGAAAUUUGCUUUUAGGUGCUUCCUUGUCCCCAUUUUGCAAAAAGGUUCUCCAUCCCACACCCCUCCCAGUGUAAAUAUUAGCAUCUUUAGAAAUCUGCUUAAAAAAUGUGACAUCCCUGCCUGGGGGCCUGAUCCAUUCCUCACAUUCUGACAUUCCUGUUUCUUUUCUCUCUAUUCUCAUGGAUGGAGAAUUGAUUUAAACGAACACAAAAUCUCAGAAAUCAGCCUGGAAGAAGGGGAGGAUCUUCCUCCAAGGUAAUGCUGUGCUAACCCCUCCGCCAUUAUCAAUCACUUUCAGAAGCCCCCUGAUCCAUUUCUGUGGUGCUGCUGCUUGGGUUCUUUGAAGGACAGGAGGCAAUGGAAGCUGCUUGGGACUUCCAGAGAAUUGAGGGACCACAACUGGGGGUUUGAGAAGGCAGCCAUUUCCUUUCUGACACAAGCAGCCCUGUUUCAGUUCUACUAUUCAGUGGGCCAUGAAUGCUGUAAAUAACAGUUCGAAAGCAUGUCAAAGUGCAAGUAGAUAAAUAGGUACCGCUCUGGCAGGAAGGUAAACGGCGUUUCCGUGCGCUGCUCUGGUUCACCAGAAGCGGCUUAGUCAUGCUGGCCACAUGACCCGGAAGCUGUACACCGGCUCCUUUGGCCAAUAAAGCGAGAUGAGCACCACAACCCCAGAGUUUGCCACAACUGGACCUAAAGGUCAGGGGUCCCUUUACCUUUACCUAUUAACAUACCGGUAAGUGUACUUUUUAUAUUCCCUUCCACUCUCCCUAGUAAAAUAACAUGUCUUUGGGGAAGCCUGAUAGUGAAUGCUGAUUCCUGUCCUGCCCCUCCCCCGCACUUACUGGCAAAUAAAGUGCAUCCCUAGUGGGUGGGGUAUACACUCGUAGGAACUAUGUUGUGGACCCCAGGACUAGGUCAGACAAAAUGUGCUUGGGAGGAGUCACAAGGUUGGAAGGAGCAGGGACCGAGCAAUGGGAGCUCACCCCAUUGUGGGGAUUUGAACCACCGACCUUCUGAUUGGCAAGUCCUAGGCUACAGCCUCAAAUAUUUCCCUGCAAGGAGGAAGGAAAUGCAGGGGUGGGGGUGGGGUGGGGAAUCCAGUUGGUCUUUGGAUUGUAGGGGCUUACACCUCCCUUUUCAAAUACAGUCUGGCAAGUUAUCUGUUAAGCUGAGCACACUAUCAAUAUGCUUCAGGAUUGCUCUCCUAUACUAUUUCAGACAUGUGGCUUAUAUACUUAUGUAUGUGUUUGCCUAAACGGCCUCUGCCCAGUAUAUCUGAAGGAGUGCCUCCACCCCCAUCAUCCAGCCUGGACACUGAGGUCCAGCGCCGAGGGCCUUUUGGUGCUUCCCUCCCUGCGAGAAGUGAGGCUACAGGGAACCAGGCAGAGGGCCUUCUCGGUAGUGGCGCCUGCCCUGUGGAAUGCCCUCCCAUCAGAUGUCAAGGAAAUAAACAACUACCUGACUUUUAGAAGACAUCUGAAGGCAACCCUGUAUCAGGACGUUUUUAAUGUUUGAUGUUUUAUUGUGUUUUUAAUAUUCUGUUGGGAGCUGUCCAGAGUGGCUGGGGAAUAAACAAUGGGCAGGGUAUAAACAAUAAAUAUGAUGAUGAUGAUGAACAUUUAAUUUAUACUUGAGACGAUGAACAUUUAAUUUAUACUUGAGACCUUAGAAUUCUUUUAACACCACCCUCUUCUGAGGGAGUCGGUUCAGCUCUGACCUUCAGAUAGUGCUCCCUAAGGUUGAGUCAGAAUCUCCUUUUUUGUACAGUGGUACCUCGGGUUAAGAACUUAAUUCGUUCUGGAGGUCCAUUCUUAACCUGAAACUGUUCUUAAUCUGAAGCACCACUUUAGCUAACGGGGCCUCCUGCUGCCGCUGCGUCGCCACCGCACAAUUUCUGUUCUUAUCCUGAAGCAAAGUUCUUAACCGGAGGUACUAUUUCUGGGUUAGCGGAGUCUGUAACCUGAAGCGUCUGUAACCCGAGGUACCACUGUAGUUUGAAUCCGUUGGUUUGGGCCCCACCCAAACGAGCUUGUUCCAUCUUCCGCGGGACUGCCCUUGGAAGUGUCAAUGCAAAGGUUUUCCUCGCAGGGCACGUUUUCCUGGUUUGGAAAUGUAAACUGCAAACAUUCUCCUAGAGAAGGCGAGCCUCGGUCUUGCAGGGCACGUUUUCCUGGUUUGAUGCUUGCGUUGGUUCGUCUGCAUGCUCUCUCUCUCUCUCUCUCUCUCUCUCUCUCUCUCUCUCUCUCUCUCUCUCUCUCUCUCUGCCAAAGGGAACAAGAGCCAAAAUCUGAAGUUACUUGCCUGCGACAGACAAGAUCAGACCAGUCCCGCUCCAGAGGCGGAGUCUGAAGCCCCAGAAAAAAAUAUCUCUCCUCCUCCUCUUCUCUAACAUUGCUGACGAGGCUGGGACACCAGAGACUUGCUGUGUCACGGAAAGGAAAGGGACCACUGCGAUGCUGCGCUAGGAGGCAGAAAGCACCAGCUCCUCUCUCUUUCCCACCCCCCUCCUGCAAAAUCCACCUUUUCGCCCGCCUGCAGACUCCUUACCUCCCCAAGCUUGAAAGUCCGGACGUCUUGAAGGUACGUGAGCCUUUACAAAAAUUCCCUUCCUCUCGCAACUUUACCCCAUUAAGAAAUUAAAACGUGCAAGUUCGUUUCUAGAAACAUAAAUAAAUCAUUGAUAGACGAGUCGACGGAGCACGGAUCAAAUGAUCCUGGUUUAUGGAUGAAUGUAUUGAGUUGACGUUGCAUUUGAUGGGUCAUUGGAUGAACUGACGUUGCUUUUGAUGGAUCAUUUGUUUGGGGUUAUCUGCUCCAAAAAGGCAGACGUUUCCCAAGGUUUGGGGGCAGAGAUCUUUCUCUAAUCUUUUCAUCAAGGUAAUAAUAAUAAUAAUAAUAAUUUUCGCCUAAUGGCACUCAAGGCAGCUUACAGAUAGAAACAAGAAUGGCUAAACACAUAGAAAAACCAACUAACAUUAACAGCAUGGGUAGGCAUACUAAGGCCCCAGGGUCGGAUCUGGCCCAAUCGGCUUCUAAAUUUGGCCCAUGGACAGUCUGGAAAUCAGCGUGUUUUUACAUGAGUAGAAUGUGUGCUUUUAUUUAAAAUGCAUCUCUGGGUUAUUUAUGGGGCAUAGGAAUUCGUUCAUUUCUCCCCCCAAAAAUAUAGUCCGGGCCCCCACAAGGUCUGAGGGACAGUGGACCGGCCCCCUGCUGAAAAAGUUCGCUGACCCCUGAUUAACAGAAUUAAAACUUGAAUGUGGGGAACUGACUCAAAGGGACAGCGGUGGAGGUGGUAGCAGUAAAUACCGGAGUCAUUGGAGAAGCACAGCCGGCCAACCUUGCAAGGCAGGCGUACAAAGAAGGGGGUUGUAAGAGGCUGGGUGGAGCCCCUCCACUUUGCUUUGUGACUGAGGGAGGGGGAAAGGUGUGUCUCACAGACAAUUUCUUAGGACCUUUGGAAGCUGCCUUAUGCUGAGUCAGACCAUGGGUCCCUCUAGCUCAGUCUACACUGACUGGUAGCAGCACUCCAGGGUUUUUGGCAGAAGUCUCUCCCAGCUGCACCUGGAGAUAAAUCUGGGGACCUUCUGCACGCCCAGAUUCUUGAGAGAUCCGUGCAGGAUCUGAUCAGAUCGUUGGCAGCCAAACUCUGGCUUCUUCUCGUCAAUUUUAAUAAAACUAGGUAAGAAAUGGAGGCAGUGAGAGAUUUUACUUUCUUAGGCUCCACGAUCACUGCAGAUGGUGACAGCAGUCACGAAAUUAAAAGACGCCUGCUCCUUGGGAGAAAGGCGAUGGCAAACCUAGACAACAUCUUAAAAAGCAGAGACACCCCCUUGCCAACAAAGGUCCGUAUAGUAAAUGCCAUGGUUUUCCCAGUAGUGAUGUAUGGAAGUGAGAGCUGGACCAUAAAGAAGGCUGAUCGCCGAAGAAUUGAUGCUUUUGAAUUCUGGUGCUGGAGGAGACUCUUGAGAGUUCCAUGGACUGCAAGAAGAUCAAACCUAUCCAUUCUGAAGGAAAUCAGCCCUGAGUGCUCACUGGAAGGACAGAUCGUGAAGCUGAGGCUCCAAUACUUUGGCCACCUCAUGAGAAGAGAAGACUCCCUGGAAAAGACCCUGAUGUUGGGAAAGAUGGAGGGCACAAGGAGAAGGGGACGACAGAGAAUGAGAUGGUUGGAUAGUGUUCUUGAAGCUACAAACUUGAGUUUGAUCAAACUGCGGGAGGCAGUGGAGGACAGAAGUGCCUGGCGUGCUCUGGUCCAUGGGGUCACGAAGAGUCGGACAUGACUAAAUGACUAAACAACAACAACAACAACAACAACAACAACAAUAAUUUAGUAUUUAUACCCCGCCCAUCUGGCUGGGCUUCACCAGCCACUCUGGGCAGCUUCCAAAAAUAUAUAUUAAAAUACCGUAAUACAUCAAACAUUAAAAGCUUCCCUAAACAGGGCUGCCUUCAGAUGUCUUCUAAAAGUCUGGUAGUUGUUGUUCUCUCUGACAUCUGGUGGGAGGGCAUUCCACAGGGAGGGCGCCACUACUGAGAAGGCCCUCUGUCUGGUUCCCUGUAACUUGGCUUCUCGCAGUGAAGAAACCGCCAAAAGGACCCCGGAGCAGGGCCUCAGAGUCCGGGCAGAACGAUGGGGGUGGAGACGCUCCUUCAGGUAUACUGGACCAAGGCUGUUUAGGUCUUUAAAGGUCAGCACCAACACUUUGAAUUGUGCUCGGAAACGUACCUGUAAGCUCAAAGGGGCUAGUAAAUGCAUUUUGGAUCACAACAUGCAAGCUUAUCUCCAACCCUAUAUAGCAGGGGUCAGCAAACAUUUUCAUCAGGGGGCCGGUCCACUGUCCCUCAGACCUUGUGGGGGGCCGGACUAUAUUUUUUUGGGGGGAAAGAACAAAUUCCUAUGCCCCACAAAUAACCCAGAGAUGCAUUUUAAAUAAAAGGACACAUUCUACUCAUGUAAAAACACGCUGAUUCCCGGACCGUCUGCGGGCCAGAUUUAGAAGGCGAUUGGGCUGGAUCCGGCCCCUGGGCCUUAGUUUGCCUACCCAUGCUAUAUAGAUUUGGUGGUGCUGACCAUCAUCUGUCUGGUUUCCUUCAACAGAGGCUGAUUUUUAAAUCCUUGAGAUUGCAAAUUGCUCAUCCAGGGGGCUGGGUGUUAAUUAAACACCCGCUUGCUAAUUUGGUUGUUUUUGAAAAUAUUUGGCUUCUGUUACAUUGGAAAGAGUAGGCUGAUAGGCAGAAGGAGGUUCUUUCUAUUUGAUAAUGAGCAGUGGCUUAUACAAUUGCUAAGUUUCUCUUGCAUACCCCAAAGCUAAGUCUGUUUGUCUGUUUACUCUGUCGCAUUCCCCAUGGAGUCCAAUAACAUAUCCAUACAGUUGCGGUCUAAUUAUUGAUUUAUUUUAAAGGAUCUCGCCUCUUUGCUCUUCAUUUUUAAAAUAGUUCCCAACAACUGCUUACAGAUCUGUUAAAAAGCUCCUUAUCAGCUGCUUACUUAUCAGUUUUUCAAAAAAGAAGAAGGCUGCCCUCACUUUUAUGACUGAAAAAGAAUUAUCAUCAAAGGAAAAAGGGAGGGGGAGGGAGGAGGAAGUGAACAAACUCAGGCAUUAACUCUUAGUUACAUAUUAGUGAUAGCCAAACCUUCUCCCUUCAAAGAAGGUAUAUGGGCUUAUUUCUUAUUCUUUUCAAAAUCCUUAAAUGUCCCUGUUAAGUAAAUUGGCUGGCUGACUAACUGGUCCCAAGGUCUCUCGAGGAGCUUGAUGGCUGAAUUGGCAGGGCUAGGGGGGUUUGAACCCAGGCGUUCCUAGUCUGAGGCCAGCCACUCUGAACUAGCAUAAACAAAGCACCACUAUCGAGGUGUUGGCUGUGUCAGAUUGAUUUAAAUUUGGUGGUAUUUUUAAAUAUAUAUUUUUUCUGUAUUUUUAAUUAAAUUUUCUGUUUUACAUUUUAGAAUGUUCACUUAAGCAACCUUAAAAUAUCAAUGAAUUCCCUUCUUCUCUUUCCAUGGUUCAUUUUGCAUAACCUAAAUCCCUGCAUAUUUCACAUAAACUAAACCAUUCAGGACAGUCCUACCUUGGAAGUCGAAUGGAAUCCGUUCCGGAACUCCGUUUGACUUACAAAACGUUUGGAAACCAAAGUGUGGCUUCUGAUUGGCUGCAGGAAGCUCCUGCAGCCAAUCAGAAGCCGCUGAAGUGCCAUUGGACGUUCAGCUUCCAAAGAACGUUCGCAAACCCGAACACUCACUUCUGGGUUUAUGGCAUUUGGGAGCUAAAAUGUCCGAGUACCAAGGCGUUUGGGAUCUAAGGUAUGACUGUAUUCCAUUAUUACAUCCAUCAAAACUUAUUUACACUGUUGAAUUUAUCUUUUUUUAAAAAAAAAAGUUUUAAAUGCUUUAUUGUUCAUUUUCCAUAUAUAUACAACACAUAAUUUUCUUCAUUUCAGUCAGUCCAAUAAGAAUGUCUAUGUUCACAAAAAAAUGCAUACAAAUUCAGUUAUGCGUUUUCUACACAAACCUAUGACUUCCCAUCCUCUCUAUAUUUCUUUUAUAAUAAACAUCUUACUUUAAUUUAUCAUUAUUAUUUUGUAAAAAAUCUCUUUUCUAUUUCAAUAUCAUUUUCUUUCAUAUACAUUAUUUACAGAAAUCAUUCAAAGGCAACUGUCAUGCUUAGAUUUCAACUACUUUUCAAAUAAAUCUUGAAAUUAAGAUAAAUUCAACAGUUGAAUCUAUCUUAAUGCUGCCAACGUUUUCAAGUGUACACAAUUCCCUCCCCCCAUAUAUUCAAUAAACCUUUUCCCAUCUUCUUUAAACAUAUGUUCUUCUUGUUCUCUUAUUCUAUAUGUUAGGUAUGCAAGCUGCGCAUAUUCCCGUGUGUGUACUUUUAAAUAUUUUUUUAAAGUUAGGCAUGUUCAUUAACAUAAUAGCUCUGUUCUGAGUAAGACUAACAUUGGAAACAGCUCAUUGAAAUGAAUGCGUCUAAGUCAGGCAUGUCUGUCACCUUGAAAGGACCUACUCUGACUAGGGCGACAACCCUAGUCCAUUUUAGCAUAAGGUUACCAGAUUUUUUUCAAUGAAUCCGGGGACACUUUUCAACUUCAGUAAGAAUGAUAGGAUAAGGUUACCAGAUUUUUUUUCAAUGAAUCCAGGGACACUUAAAUAAAUAAAUACUACACGUUCGGGAUGUUGAUGCUGCAGUGAUGGCGGUGGCAGAGGGGCGGCCGCCGCCUUGACCUCAACCGCCACAUUUCCCCUUCGUCUGAGGCUUCUAUCUCCUUUCUCCAUGAGCCUGGGCAGCCCCUGAGUUGUUGGUUCUUUGGUGAUGGUGGUGGUGGGGAAGCGGUGCGUGAUGGGUCAGGCAUGGAAGGUGGAGAAGGAGGGCCCAGAGUGGCGGCGGUGAGCUGGGGAUCCCUCAGCUGGGAAGCGAGGCUUCACACUGCCUUUUGGAGCAGCCCCAUCCCAACUCCUACUUGCGUGCAAGCAGGAGGGGGCGGGGAUCCCUCAGCUGGGAAGGGAGGCUUCCCGUUGCCUAACUGAGAGAUCCCUGCCCCCUCCUGCUUGCACGCAAGCUCUGAUAGGCAGCGUGAAGCCUCCCUUCACAGCUGAGAGAUUCCCGUCCCCUCCUGCUUGCACACAAGUAGGAGUUGGGAGGCUGCCCCAAUAGGCAGCAUGAAGCCUCCCUUCACAGCUUGGUUGCUGGGGUCAGCGAAGGUGGAGGCAGCCCGGAAGCUGCAUCUUAGAGCCUCUGCACCACCAUCAUAUGGGGACUUCUGAGCAGCUCGUGAAGCCAACCUGAGCCAACUGCUCUGGGCUGCUGAGACUGCCGCUGCUGCGUUUCCAGGGGACAUUAGAUGAAAUCCGGGGACAUUCCAGGGAUGGAAUUUGUCCGGGGACUUAUUCACAAAUCCGGGGACUGUCCCCGGGAAACGGGGACAUCUGAUAGCCUUAUUUUUAGCAAGCUCUCUCCUCCAGGAUGGAGACCCUCCCAGAGCCUCUUCUGGUCCGGAUCUUCGCCUCCCUCCCUGCAGUCGAACUGGUCUUAGUGUGUCGCCUUGUCUGCUCCCAGUGGAAAAACCUGAUUGACGGAGCUGCCCUCUGGUUGUUGAAAUGUCAGCAGGAGGGUUUCGCUGGGGAAGAUGCAGAAGAGGAAAGCGCCGACAGCUGGCAGACGCUCUACUUCCUGAAUAAGAGGAAGCGGAAUUUAAUCAAGAACCCAGACGGCGAAGGCAAGUGGCUAGAGAACAUUCCAGAAAAAUAAUAGGAGUUGGCAGUAGGGUGGCCCUCUCCACACACCCACCGUGUGUGGCUUUUGGCACCCUCACACCAGGGUGCUUGCGAUCUGGCAGCUGAAACUUUUUGCCCAUCGCUGUGCUUUUAGGCUGGAAAAGACUGCGCUUGUUGAAUUUCUGUCUGACCCGUUCAAGGCAUGCCGGGGUGGGGUGGGGUGCUGGUAAAUCUACAGGAUGAGAAUAAAAAUAAUACACUGUGAGUGUGUGUGGCUAAUUUGUGGCCCCCCGGAUAAUACUGUAUUUUUCGCUCUAUAAGAUGCACCUGACCAUAAGAUGCACCUAGUUUUUAGAGGAGGAAAACAAGAAAAGCCAGCAAGAGCCACAGACAUACUUGCUCGGCGCGGCUCUUUAAAGAUAGAGUGGCUCUUGCUGGCUUUUACAGGAGGUGGGAGAAGGGACUGAUGGACUGCACUCCAUCCCUUCCCCCACCUCCCUAAAAAGCCAGAGCAAGCUGUGCAGCUAUCGCUGAAGGCAGCAGAGCAAGAGAGAGAGCUGUGCAGUGCCUCUUGGUCUUCUGGCUUCCCAGUGAAGCAGGAUAAGGGAUGGAAAGGAGCCCUUACGGAGCCCCUUCUGUCUCUCAUCCUGCUUCUCUGGGAAGCCAGCAACCCAGAAACGCUGCGCAGCUCUCCCUCUUGCUGUGCUGGCUACGCAGCCUGCAUUUGCUCCAUAACACACACACACAUUUCCCCUUACUGUCUUAUGGAGCAAAAAAUACGGUACUUUAAAAAAAAACAGCACACAACAAUUUUUAUUUGAUUUUACAAAUAUAAAUUUAUAACAAUCCAAAUGCGUAUCCAUAUACAGUGGUACCUCGGUUUAAGAAGAGCCCUGUUUACGAACUAUUUGGUAUACGAACUUCACAAAAUCGGAAGUAGUGUUCUGGUUAGUGAACUUUACCUCAGUCUAUGAACGGAAUCCGAACAGCGGAAGGGCACUGGCAGCGGGAGGCCUCAUUAAGGAAAAUGCACCUUAGUCUUGGUUUUGGUUUAAGAAUGGACUUCUGGAAUGGAGGUACCGCUGUAUAGAGAUUACUCUGGGCCUCGAGACUUCUUCACCCCAUCCCCUCCAUGGGUCCUAACGUCGACAUUUACAACUGCAUAUUAUUCCAUAAUCUAUAUUUUGUAUCCAUCCACAUUAUAGAUUACAUUCACAUUACAAGUGAAAUUAAAAUCCUGCGAAUGUUUUCAUCUGCUUGCAGUUGUCUCUUAAAUAAAGGAUACAUUUUACCCAUUCCUUUAUAAAGUUUUUUCCCCUCUUGGUUUCUGGAUUUUCCAGUCAGCUUUGCCAUUUUAGCAUAUUCCAUCAGCUUAGCUUGCCAUUCUGGCCCUCCAGAUAUUACUGAAGUACGACUCCCAUCAGGCAUUGGUGACGUCACGGUUAGAUUACUACAAUGUGCUCUUUGUGGGGCUUGCCUUGCACUUAAUCCUGCAGUUAGUGCUGUGGCAGGGCUACUGGCAAGCCCUGUCAGCAUAAAAACUCCUCCCAUCAGAGCUGUGCCCUGCUUGCCAAUUUGUUACCAGGCCAAGUUCAAGAAGUUGCUGCUGGUAUAGAAAGCUCUCAACAGCCAGCUUGGGAUCAGUUUACUUGCGAGAUCACCUUACCAAAUAUAUGCCCGUUUCCAUCUGUAGAAUUGGCAAAUACCCAUUCUGCACUGGUAAGCAAUCGAUCCUAUAGUGUGGCAGCAUCUACCCUUCGGAACCCCCUGCCUUUUGAAAUCAGGCAGGUAUGUUUGCUGUACUCUCUUUAGUGCCCGCUUAAAACAUUUUUUUCUUUAGCCAAGCCCGUUCAGACAUGUAGAAGUUGCGUGUGUGUUUUAUCGCUUAGCUCCCACUGACUUUUACCGCCUUCAGAUUAUUAUUUUUAAAGCAGCUUUAAAACUUUAAAACCGAUAAUUUUAAUGUUUUAUUUUGUAUUCUUGUAAACCGCCAAAAAUCAAGCGCUAUAUCAAUUUUGUUAAAACAGAUAAACAAAAUCAGCCCCGGGCAGCAUGUUCAAUGGUCAGGGAUGAUGGGAGUUGUAGUCCAACAAUAUCUGAUUUGGCACAAUUGCGUACAAAAAUGGGUGUGUUAGGCAAAAACUCACACUAACAUGCCAUUGAGCUUUCAUAAGGACUAGUUUUCUUUUCCUUUUUUGCAAAGUGAUGUGUAGCUUUGGAGAAAUGAACAAUAAGACUGUGAAAAUGAGAAACUGAGGAAACACCAAAUUGAUAGAUUUCCCUCUAGGAAGAACAGUAUUCUGUGUACAUGCAUGUGUGUGUGUAUGCAUGUGUAUUUAAGGAACUGCAGAAAGAGGGAGAAGAAAGUCAAGUUUUGAAAUGUCAAAAUUGUAAAAUUAAUGAAAUGUAUAAAAUUUGUGAAAUGUAUAAACUUGAAAAGUAUAAAUAUAUAUUUUUAAUGUUGCUGUUGUCAUUCUGCCAUCCCACAGAGGGUCUUGAACAUUGGCAGGAUGUGGAAAAUGGAGGUGACGGCUGGGCAAUUGAGGACCUGCCUGGAAAUUUUGGGCAAGAAUUCCCCAGCGAGGAUGUCCAUAAAUACUUUGUCUCAUCUUUUGAGUAAGUCAAAAGCCCUUUAAGGUGGCCUGGUUUGAGACAAGAUGCCUCUGUGGAACAUCUGAAAUUUGGAGUUCUUUUUAUACCUCUGAAUGGGAGCAACAAUGGAGAGGGUUAAUGUCAGUCACCCCCUGCUUAUGGGCUGCUUGGUGGCUUCUGGGGUCAGGAUGUACGACCCUAGGGACCUCUGCGGCUCUUCUUGGGUUUUCUUAUCCAGCUGCAGUAUGCCACUUUUAACAGGGACACGGGUGGCGCUGUGGUCUACACCACUGAGCCUCUUGGGCGUGCUGAUGGGAAGGUUGGCGGUUUGAAUCCCCAUGAUGGAGUGAGCUCCCAUUGCUCUGUCCCAGCUCCUGCCAACCUAGCAGUUCGAAAGCACACCAGUGCGAGUAGAUAAAUAGGUAGCACUGCGGCGGGAAGGUCAACGGUGUUUUCGUGCACUCUGGUUUCCAUCACAGUGUCCCGUUGCACCAGAAGCAGUUUAGUCCUGCUGGCCACAGGACCCAGAAAGCUGUCUGUGGACAAAUGGCAGCUCCCUCGGCCUGAAAGCGAGAUGAGCAUCGCAACCCCACAGUAGCCUUUGACUGGACUUCUUCUCCUUCUCUUUCUUCUCCUUCUUCUCCUUCACCUUCUUCUUCACCUUCUUCUUCUUCUUCUUUAUUCAUUUAUUUAUACCCUGCACAUCUAGCUGAGUUUCCCCAGCCACUCUAGGCAGCUCCCAACAGAAUUAAAAGCACAAUAGAACAUCAUUGGAAACUCAAGGCAGUAGAGACAUAAGAUGAUCAGAGCCUCACCAAACUUGAAGCAUGGGAAGUCCCAAUAAAAAUUUAUAAUUUGGCAGAAUAUUUGGACUAUAUGAUAUGUAUUUGUAUAAUUUGGAAUAUUUAAUGUGAUUUGAUUGGAUUGUUAAAAUGGAAAAUUUAAUUAAAAAUAUUUUUUUUAAAAAAACACAAUAGAACAUCAAACAUAAAAACUUCCCUAAACAGGGCUGCCUUCAGAUGUCUUCUAAAAGUCAGUUGUUUAUUUCCUUGACAUCUGAUGGGAGGGCGUUCCACAGGGCAGUGGAACCGCCAGAAGGCCCUUGGAGCUGGAUCUCAGUGUCCGGGCUGAACGAUGGGAGUGGAGACGUUCCUUCAGGUAUAUAGGACCGACUUAACCAUCCAGGGGUCCUUUACCUUUUACCUUUACCUUACAGUUCCCUGGAUUGUUUGGGGGAGGGGGAAGUAAUGUGCAUGCAACCUAAGUGUUGUAGCACAAAGUGCUGCAACUCAAGGUUCCAGUCACUCCAUCCGAUUCCUCUGCCCUCCCCCUUCUGGCUUCUGAGCAUGCUCAGUUAUCGUUGGGCUGUUUUCAGCAGGUCCCUUUGGAUACUCCUCCAACCGAAUACCUUUUUAUGGUUCUGUAACAUCAUUCUUGUGGACGGGUUGUGCUGUUUGGGCCUCAUGUGAACCGGCACUCAUGACCUGUUGGUGACACAGCAGCACAGAUCCUCCAAUGGGCGCUGUGUGAUGACAACCUUACAUUUUUAUGUAUAGAGAGAAUUUUAAAAAAUGACAAACUGCUUAAUCAAAGAGACUCCUCUAAACGACCUACAUAAAAAAAAUCUGUGGGUGGUACCAUUUUUGGCUAAAAUAGAAAUGGCGCCAGUAACCUGAGCAUCAGAAAUAGAAAUAGAGGGAAGGAUGAACUCCUCCCCAUAUUAUGGGCUGUAUUCAAGCCCAUAUUCACCAUUUGAUUGAGUGCAUAUAGCAAAUAGCUUGAGGCAGUUUCAUACCCUCCUAGUAUCCCUAUUUUCCAGGAUCAGUCCCAGAUUUACAGAAGCCAUCCCAGUUUCUGAUUUGAUCCCAGAAUGUCCCACUUUUCCUUAAAAAGGUAAAGGGACCCCUGGUCAUUAGGUCCUGUUGUGACCGACUCUAGGGUUGCGGCGCUCAUCUCACUUUAUUGGUCGAGGGAGCCAGCAUACAGCUUCCGGGUCAUGUGGUCAGCAUGACUAAGCCGCUUCUGGGUAACCAGAACCAGAAGUUUCCAGUGCAUGGAAACGCCGUACCUUCCCACGGGAGUGGUACCUAUUUAUCUACUUGCACUUGACGUGCUUUUGAACUGCUAGGUUGGCAGGAGCAGGGACCGAGCAACAGGAGCUCACCCCAUCGCGGGGAUUUGAACCGUCAACCUUCUGAUCGGCAAGUCCUAGGCUCUGUGGUUUAACCCACAGCGCCACCCGCUUUUCGUUAGGAUGUCCCUAUUUUCAUCGGAGAAAUGUUGGAGGGUAGGGAGUUAUCUGACCCCCCAGCCAUCUGAAGGUUUCCCUGUAUAGGGAGGUUUUUUGGUGUUUAAUGUUUUAUUAUGUUUUUAUAGAAGUUGGAAGCUGCCCAGAGUGGCUGGGGCAACCCAGUCAGAUGGGCGGGGUAUUGAUAGUAAAAUUAUUAUUAUGGAAUAGGAUGUCCCUAUUCCAUCGGAGCAAAGUUGGAGGUUAUGCAAUUGCUGUCAAAUGAGGAAGAGGAAUUGCACCGAGAAUGCUACUAGCAGCGAGUGGCCUGAGAGGGAGGAUGUUUUAUUCUGUUUUUAUAUAUGUUGGAAGCUGCCCAGAGUGGCAACCCAGCCAGGUGGGUGGGGUGUAAAUAGUAAAAUUCUUAUUACAGUGGUACCUCGGGUUACAGACACUUCAGGUUACAGACGCUUCAGGUUAUAGACUCCGCUAACCCAGAAAUAGUAUCUUGGGUUAAGAACUUUGCUUCAGGAUGAGAACAGAAAUCGUGCUCCGGCGGUGUAGCGGCAGCUGGAGGCCCCAUUAGCUAAAGUGGUGCUUCAGGUUAAGAACAGUUUCAGGUUAAGAACGGACCUCCAGAAUGAAUUAAGUUCUUAACCAGAGGUACCACUGUAUUAUUAUUGAAUAGGACGUCCCUAUUUUCAUCAGAGACAUGUUGGAGGGUAUGCAAUACAGUGGUACCUCGGGUUACAUACGCUUCAGGUUACAGACUCCGCUAUCCGAGAAAUAGUGCUUCAGGUUAAGAACUUUGCUUCAGGAUGAGAACAGAAAUUGCACGGCAGCAGCAGGAGGCCCCAUUAGCUAAAGUGGUGCUUCAGAUUAAGAACAGUUUCAGGUUAAGAACGGACCUCCAGAACGAAUUAAGUAAUUAACCAGAGGUACCACUGUAUUAUACAUUCUUCUCGCUUGUUAACCUUAUCAAAAUGUUACAGGUGGUGCUGUAAGUCACAAGUCAUUGAUCUCCGCGCCGAAGGAUACUGGGAGGAGCUUAUGGACACCACCCAGCCUAAAAUUGUGGUGAAAGACUGGUAAGACUGGGGGGUGGGGUGGAGAGACUGUGGAACCUGUUGGAAUCUGGCAGGGAAAUUGGCAAACACGGCCAAAGUAGAAUUGAACCCUGCCUCCAUCACUGCCCAUCGGCUGAUGUUACACCUGUGGGAAUGUUGUAGAUACUAAAAGAGGAUCUCGAGACUCCCCCCCCCCCAUCCCCUCCAUGGGUCUUAACAUCAACAUUUACAACUGCAUAUUAUUCCAUAAUCUAUAUAUUUUUUAUCAAUCCAUAUUAUCCAUAGUAUUUGUUAUAUUGCAAGUGAAAUUAAAAUCCUGCUAAUGUUUUCAUCUGCUUGCAGUGGUCUCUUAAAUAAAUUAUAAUUUCCCCCCAUUCCUUUAUAAAGUUUUUUCCUCCUGGGUUCUGGGUUUUCCUGUCAGCUUUGCCAUCUUAGCGUAUUCAAUCAGCUUAGUUUGCCGUUUUUCUCUGGUAGGGACUUUGUCUUCUUUCCAACUCUGGGCUAAUAACAUCUGGGCAACUGUUGUUCCAUACAUAAAGAGUAUUUUCUGCUCCUUGGGUAUGUCAGUACCUGUAAUUCCUAAUAAAAACGCUUCUGGUUUAUUAACAAAAGUUAUUUUAAGCCUUUCCCCCCCGUUUCAUUAUAUAUCAUCUCCCAGAAAGCUUUUAUUACCUUACAAGUCCACCACAUAAAAGGUACCUUCCUUUUCUUUACAUUUCCAGCAGAUCUUUGUACUUGUCUUAUACAUUUUUGCUAACUUAGAAGGAGUCAAAUACCACCGCUGAGAUUAAAAUCUAUAUUACAUCCUAUAUCUAUUGCCCAGUGCAUCAUAGACAGCCUCAAGCUGCGUUUGGCACUUCCGCUGCCAGCUGGCUUAUGCUCAGGUUAUACAGUCACAGAUGUUGUGGUCUCAUCCUGCAGGUAUGCGGCCCGGUGUGACGCUGGCUGCCUCUACAACUUGAAAGUGCAGCUCCUGUCUUCGACAGAGGAGGUGCUGGCCGAGUUUGUGAGCGACACCAUUGCUGUCCCGCAAGGCAAUGAGGGCGAAUGGACCGAGGUGGGUGCUGACGGAGGGUGCCUUUUUCCAUCAUCGGCUUGGCUUGUGGACAUUAGUAACUGAUCCCGUAUAUAAUAAUAAAUAAUAAUAAUACAUUUUAUUUAUACCCCGCCCUCCCCGGCCAAAGCUGGGCUCAGGGUGGCUAACACCUAUAAAAUUACAAUAAAAACAUAAUAGAAAAUAAAUAAAUAAAGCAAUUUAAAAUACAGGUUAAAAUGCAAUUUAAAAUGCAGCCUCAUUUUAAAAGUAGCCCAUAUAUUGUGUACGUCUGUAAAUCAUAGCUGUCAACCGUCCCUUAUUUGGCGGGAAACUCCCUUAUCCCAGCGCCGUUUCCCGCUGCUGUCCUGGAUUGAUGAUGUCCCUUAAAUUUCCUGGGUUUCAAAGGAAGCAGCUCCUCUCCCUCCCUCCCUGCCAGCCAGGGAGGAAGGAGGCUCCAACUGUGUUGCUUGGCUGCGUUGCUCACCCAAUAAAGAGUCUAAGAACAACUGGGGGGUGGAGCUUGCAGGCCUUGUGCUGAUCAAAUCGGCCGUGUUGCCUGGGGACUCACCUUUGCUCAGCGCUUCCCAGCGGAGAGGUGCCGGUGGUUUCCCUUGCUGCAUCCCCUUUGCUGGGUUGCUGCGCUGUGGGAACCACUGCUUGAGGCUUCGUUUGGCUGCUGGUUGACUAAAAUCCCUUAUUUUGGCUUCUGGUCCCUUAUUUUCAAAUCUAAGUUGACAGCUAUGCUGUAAAUCUCAGGCCUGGAGCCUGAAAGUGGCCCUUCAGGCAUCUCUGCCAGGCCACCAGGAUAGGGCAUGACCCCUCUCCAAGCCGCAUCUCUCACCUGGAGCACACCUGGAGUGCUUUUGCCUGGCUGUGAUGACGCCUCUUGCUUCCUUGAACUACAUCUCCCAUCAGCCUCAGCAAGUGUGGUCAGUGGCCAAGGGUGAUGGGAGUUGUAGUCCGGCAACAUCCGGAGGCCCAAAGCUUCCCCACACCUGAUGCAGAUCCUGCCUUGAGCAGGGAGGCAAAUCAUGCAACCUCCUUGGUACCCCAUCCCCAAAUACUCUGAUUCUAGGCUUCCACUGUUAGCCAAUAUUGCUGAAUGGAUUUUUAGCUGCUUCAUUUGGUUGGAUCGGGGCUUCCCAAACAUGGGUUUCUAGCUCUUUUUGGACUACACUCCCAUCAUCCCUAGCUAGUGGUCAGGGAUGAUGGGAAUUGUAGUCCCAAACCAGCUGGAGACCCAAGUUUGGGAAACCCUGAUGUAGAUCGGGAGUGAGGAACCUUGGGCCCUCCAGAUGUAGCGGGACUCCAACUCCCAUCAGCCCCUGAUGCAUGAUGGGAGUUGUAGUCCAGCAACAUUUCAGAGAGCCAAAGGUUCUCCACACCUGCGUGGGCCAGAUGUCCUCUUACGUGCCGUACAAUUCUUUUUUUAAGAAAUAUUUUAUUGAUUUUCCAUUUUCAAAACAAAUAUCCAAAAUCAAUACUAAACAUUAAUUUUUCACCCAUUGACUUCCCUCAGCUUCCAUUUCUGGUUUAUUACAUCAAAUGAUACGUUCUGCUGUUUAUAUACAAUACUAUAUUAUCACAGUGUUAUAUUCCUUGUUUUAUGUAAAAAAAAUGGUAAAUGUUUAUUUAAAUCCUGCCAAUGAUUCCAUUUUUUUGGGAGGUGUUUCUGCAAAUAUAUUGUAAAAGGCUCCCAUUCUUUUUCCAAGCCCCUGUUGUCCUUUUCUCACAGUUUGUUUGCUAAGUUUGCUAACUGUGUAGCUCAUCAGUUUUUCUUGCCAUUGUUCUUUAGAUGGUACUUCUCCAGUUUUGCAGUUUUGUGCUAUUAGAAUUCUCGUUGCUGUUGCCGCAUACAUAAAUAAUGUCCUUUUUCUUUCGGCAGCAGGUGCCUUCCAAUUCUAUGCUUCACUUUUUUGGGGGGGUCAAAUAUUUCCCUCUAACUCUCUUGCCUUUUUCUCUUCCUCCUGCACCCAAGAUCACCCACACCUUUGCCGACUACGGUCCCGGGGUCUGCUUCGUUCGCUUCGAACACGGCGGUCAGGACACGGUCUACUGGAAGGGCUGGUACGGCGCAAGGGUGACGCACAGCAGUGUGACUGUGGAGCCGUAGUGGUGGAAUUGGAGAGCCCUGGAGCCGCUUAGGAGCCUGCGCAUCAUGCCAUCCCUCAGCGAGGCCAGAGUGAACUUUGCAUGGUUGUCCUCAGGGCUGGAUGAAACCUGGCGCUAAAUGCCCAACAGGACUUUUGCACUUCCUGCGAUCUAUUUCUCUGGAAUUUCCCUAAGCGAGAGAGAAAAUAGAGUGCUUUCUUACAUUAAAAGUAUUUCCCUGGGUCUUCCAGCAAUGUAGAAUAAUAUAAUGCUGGCUUGUGUGUAAAAAAAAUAUACAAUAGCAGUAACCACUUCACCAAGGGUGUAAAAUGUUUUAAAAUACUGAGAGUUAAUUAGACAUCACCCCAGAACUGGUCCUACUAAACAUAUUCCAAGACAACAAUGCCCAUUUACACCACAAAGCACUCAUAACUCACCUACUUUCAGCAGCCAGAAACACCAUAACCAGACACUGGAGAGACCUGUCAGGAGUAAACAUGGACCAAUGGUACCAAAUAGUAUGGGAAACAGCCCUACUAGAAAAAUUAACCAAUAAACUGAAACUGACACAGGGACAAACAGAAGAAGACGCCUUUACCCCAGUAUGGCUCCCCUUUAUCACAUACACAGCCCAACAAGACAAUGACAAUAAUCCACCAACAGCAUACAAAUCAAUAUGGCUAACCUUGCCCAAAACACCCACCCACCCCAUUCACACACGAAAACAAAGAUCACCACAGCCAAUCACAAACAAACAACCACACCCUAGGCCAACCCCAACCUCUCUCACCACCAAAGAAACACAAAUGAACAGCAGAGAACCUGCACGAGCACCUACAUACAUUAAGCAAAAUAUAAACAUCGCCACCCAACCCCCCCAUCUCCCCCC